UUUGUGUUGCUUGGGGAGUAAAGACAACCAACAUAUAUGACAUGCCACCUUUCUUAAAUCCAAACAUUAUUAAAGUACGAAAUGACAAGCAUAUAAGUAGAGGAACUGAUUUUAACUACUUACCUAAUCUAAUAUGGAAAAUUCGUUGUGAUCUCAAAUGUCACGAUGGCGCUUCAAACUAACAGGAAAAUUCAGCAUCUGGCAACUCUUAAUAACCAAUUUCGCCUUCUAAUCGACGACAACCAUGUAGUAUACGUAACCGUUGAACCAGGUAUCUUACCAAGGGGUGAUUGGUCAUUCAUAGAUUUUCUCUCAUUUCCCCCUGGUGACUGGAAUCGGGGUCACAUUUCAAAGAACCGACGCACAGGGAGUUUAGGUUUCUCAUCCAUCUCAUAUGAUAGUGUUCCAGGAGUCGAGAAUAUAUGGCACCAUACAUAUAUCGAUCAUUUAGAAUUUGAGCGGAUUGGUUCUCUGGGUCGGAACGUCUGCAUAGUCACGCAUCCCUUCUUCCACUAUCCGGUAAUCAUCAAAUUUGCUUCGUUUCCCUGUGAAAUAGACUACAUCGAGACUGAAACAACGAUGUACCAUCGACUUCAUGGCACUGGAAUUAGCCCUGGAUUCCUAGGCCACGUAACGGAAAAUAAUAGGGGGGUUAUCGGGUUUGUCUUACAGAUUAUCACGGACAGCAGGCCAGCAGAACCUCGAGAUCUAACCAUCUGCCAAGAUGUCUUAGCAAGAUUACAUACUCAAGGCAUAAUGCAUGGAAACAUUCACAAGGAUAGUUUCCUCGUCCAAGAGGGGAAGGCAUUUCUGAUCGACUUCGGGAUAUCAUAUUUGUGCGAUGAAGGGAAGGAACAUGAAAUUGAAUGUGAACAUCUUGAACAGCUGCUGGCGGGUGCAUAAGGAAUAACUAGAGGAUGAGCACAUAUAAACCAACCAGAAUGGGUUGACAUUAGAUACAGGAUAAAACUAAUCUGAUCAAAAUUUGAAGCUGCUCCUCUUAGAGAUGCUAUGGUUGAAGUAAAUUGUUGUUUAUUGGGCACUUUUUAAGAUUUCGAUGGAGAAACA